AUGGAACAAGUCCAUGGCGUCGACGUCAGUUGGAUGACGCAGGGCUCGCCCAAAGAUAAAUUCAACAAGGCAGUCUUCGCACCCACCAAAUCCCCCGUUGCCACUGUGCAACCACGAAGCGUCCCCAGCGAUUCCCCGCCCAAGCUCAGCCCUUCAUCAACCGCAGACAAGGCCGAGGCCAAGCCUGAGGCCAAUGGGAAGCCUGAAGCCAACGGGAAGCCCACCGGCCAAACGCAGCCGAUUCCUGUCAAUGGCUCAAGCGGCGCCCGGCGUCUCUCCCGAUCAGGCUCGGUUGAGAAGAACAGCUCCAGCGCAACACCGCCUCACCGACGCAACUCGUGGUUCUCUAAUAUUUCAGCCAAAUUUUCAAGCUCAGCAGCUCCCCAAUCAAAUGGAAAUGGCCAAGUCCUUCAACAGCCCCAGCAGCCGCCUGCGCAACAAAACCAGCCAGUGCCUCUAGCAAAUACAGAUCCUCCCGUUCCAAAGAUUACGCCAACCAAGAACGCUGUUCUCCAGCAUGGACUCAAGCCUGAGGGAGAUGAACCGUACACGCCAGCCCCACCAAAGUCUGGUCAGGCUGGACUGCUCGGCGUAUUUCGCCGUCUGUCUUCUUCAUCAGGAGGCGGUCCCCUUGGCCCCACCGGCAAGAUCAAUCACGGAUUGGUGGAACGCCGCAUUUUGAAUGUGGAUCGUGACCGAGAGAGGUGUCCUAUCACCGAGUUGAAGGAUAACAAGCUGAGGCGGGUGUCGUUUCUCGUUGAUGUCGAGAUUGCGCCCAUGCCAAAAUAUGCAGAUGCCGAGGCAGAGCCUAAACCAAUCGCCGACCACGCUCAGAAGAAAAAGUUGAGCGAAAAGGGCGAAGGGGAGGCAUUGAAGCAUCCCAAAACCGCCGAAGCGCAAAAAGAGGCCUCUUCUUCCUCAACAGAGAGCGUCACUACUGAGGCCAAACCUCGCGAAGCAGCCGAGGCCAAGGAAACCAAGCCGACGACCAAUGGCGCAAAGGAGACGGAUAGCCCAGAUGACUCAAAUGCCGCUCCAAAGGACACAUCAAGAAAGAAGGAAAAGAAGAAGCGAAGCGAAGAGGAACGAAAGGCCAGGAAAGAAAAGAGGCGACGACUUGCCGAAGAAAGCGGAAUCAUUCCCAUAGAGAUUCACUAUGACACCGCUGGCUCUCUAGAGUUGACCAAUGGCAAAUUUCCAACGACGUGCCCGGUCAGAGUCUAUAGGAGAUGCUGUCAACUUCGCGAAACGCCCAUUCUCAAGAAAAUCACUGAGCAGUUGAGCGAUACCAACAACAUUCUACCCAAUGGCGCUGUAAACAAAAUAGAUUUAACAGGCUACUUCAUGCAACUGCAGGACCUCAUCACACUGGGCGAUUAUCUUGCUGUUGUGCCUGUGAAGGAAAUUAUCUUGCAGAACAGCGGGCUUACUGAUGAAGGCGUUCGGGUCAUUCUCGCCGGCCUCUUGGCAGCGAAAUACGCAGAGCCGUCGAAACGCAGGAAAUCCAAAUUUCUCCCCCAGGAGAUGGGUGGAGUGGUUGAGAGACUUGUGUUGAAAGAAAACAAGCUGGGUCCAGAUGGCUGGAAACACAUUUCACUCUUCAUCUACAAGUGCCGGUCGCUCAAGUAUCUCGAUCUCUCCUGCAUCCCCUUCCCGCGUCAAGCGCCCGCCAACGCCAACGGCGCUCUUCAGAAUGGUGUCCAUCUCCCUCUUACCAUAGGAGAUAUCUUUUCAAAGGCUCUCGCAAAUCGCCCAACGGGAUCAACUCUCGAGAUGCUUAGUAUCGGCGAGACUGAACCUAGCAUGGAGCAACUCGGCAAGAUCAUAGAUGGUGUGAUCAAGUGUGGCAUCAAGCGGCUGGGCAUGGCUCGCAACCCCCUCGACGAGGAGGGUGCCCAGCAUGUUGUAAGAUAUCUUGAGUCUGGGAAAUGCGAAGGGCUUGAUCUAGGCGGAAUCGAUCUCAAGGAGCACAUGGACGUUAUUGCCUCGUCAAUCAAGGAAACUGACCCGCUAUGGGCGCUGAGCAUGUCGGACUGCAACAUAAACCCCUCGACUCUCUGCAAGAUUUUGCCCAUCUUAUCCAAGCUAGAGCAUCUCGUCUUCAUUGACCUUUCGCACAACCAUGAUCUUUUCCAGUCAACACCCAACGCCGUUGGUUUACUCAGAAGAUAUCUACCCAAAAUGCAAACUCUCAAACGGCUACACCUGUCGGAUGUUGGCAUGACCUCGGAGCAAGCCAUUGCAAUUGUCGAAGUUGUACCGGAAGCUCAACAUCUCUGCCACCUCAGCCUUCUUGGCAACACCGAAAUCAUGGCACUGGCCAACGCCAAGACGGAGGAGGCUCAAGAAGAAGCCUGUGCGUUGUAUGCAUCGCUGAUGGCUGCCGCAAGGCUAUCUAGCAGCAUGAUUUGCGUGGAUAUCGAAGUGCCCAGUGAAGACUCUGGCGAAAUUGUUAAAGCGAUGGCAAAGCAAGUUGUGGCUUACUGCUUGCAGAACAUUGAGCAUCUGCAUGAUGUCGAGAUUAAUAAGGCAGUGACUACGGCACUCGCCGAGGCAAAAGGAGAGUCUGUCGAUGGCAAACUCGCCUCCUACCCUGAUGUGCUCGCACAUCUCGUCGGCCAGGAUGUCCUGUUCCAGGAUGAUCCCGAAGACGAUGGCUCAGGGCCGGACGAAGACUACGUCAUUGGCGGUACGGGUGUGGUCAAGGCACUUGCCUGCUGCCUCAAGAACCGCGGUGACGAAUCCCGUCGUGCGUCUGGUGAAUUCCUUCGGGAGCUCAGCUCUACGGACGAAGAACCUUUUAUUGGGCCUAGACUUAGGACUGGUGGCAAGGCCAAGGAUUUCUCGAAACACUUGCUGGCCGGCGCUCGCAAGAUUCGUCUCCGUCUCCAGCCGGCACUGAAUAAGGCUAGAGCCAACCCGAGUGAUGAGUUGAACCUGCGGAAGCUGACAUUCUUGGACGACACACUGCAAGGUAUCAUCAAACGGUUCGAAGACGAAUAUCCUGAUACCCGAGAGCAUCCUGAGGAUGCAGUAGCCCAUGUACCGAUAGCUCAAGGGGAGAAGGAGGUAUUAUCAUCGUCGCCGCCUGCUGCGGACGAUGCGGUGGCAGUUGGCUCAGACGUCGAAGAAGAGGGCGAACUUCGUGAGCCUAGACCCCUCUCACGUAGCAACUCAAUACUUGGCAGGAAGCUGGCCGAGGAAGAAGGUCGCGUACACCGUGCCGGCCACAGAUUCCGAUCUGGUAUCACAGACCAUGUCAACCUACUCUCCACCCUCGAUGACGUGGAAAAUGACCCCAACCACGUGCGUGUGCUAGCCGAUCUUGCGGACGAUGUCGGUGGCGAGUUCUUGGAAAUGGCCAAGCAGAAGGGCGCCGUCCAAGCCUUCAAGGACCACAAGGACAUGCUGUUUGCGGCAUUGAAAGAGAGCGACCCUGAAUACUGGGACAGAUUUGUGGAGGCGCAAGGCAAGGCUCGGGCCAAUAUCAAUCUGCCGGGUGCCGAAAAGAAUGGAGAGAGGCCACAGCUGGCCCAAAGUGACGAAAGCGCCAUUGCAGAUUAG